AGCGAAUUGAGGAAUUCCGCGAUGCUGCUUCUUUUUCCUCUGCCACGAAGCAGACCUCAGAUACAUAAGGUCUUUUGCUGUAUUAUUAAGUUUGUAAGACGUUCUACAACCAAUUAUUGCUAAUAAUUGGUAGAAAUGUCUGGAGCACCUUCACCACCAUCUAACCCACUUGAAUUGGCGCCAUCUCAGCCACCAGCUGCGCAUGCACUCGCUAAGCAGUCUACUGUAAGAAAUAACAACGGUAUACUCUACCCAGCCACAGCCCAGCCAGCUGGCGUAGAAUCCGACUACGAUACUGCCUUAGAAUUAGAAGACGGUAGCGUAAACUUCGGAUACUCAUUCGGUGCCAAAGGAAAGAGCAUCUCCGGAGAGUGCGUUUUCCAAACUGGUAUGGUCGGCUACCCAGAAUCACUUACUGAUCCUUCCUACGCUGGUCAAAUCCUCGUACUCACCUACCCACUCGUCGGUAACUAUGGUGUGCCUGCACGCCCUGCCGAAACGAAUCCAUUGAAUUUGCCGGAGGAAUUCGAAUCAGCAAAAAUUCACGUCGCUGGUUUGGUUGUCUCUACUUACGCACCAGAUUACUCUCACUUCCUUGCUAACUCUAGCUUGGGUACUUGGUUACAAGAACAGGGUAUUCCUGCUGUAUUCGGUGUUGACACCAGAAACCUCACGAAAAAGAUCAGAGAAAAGGGUGUCAUGCUUGGUCGUAUUCUUGCUAGAAAGAAUGGUGACAGAAGCGGCAGACCUUUGCUCAGCCAGCCAGCUGCUAGCUUAUCUAGAUCAGUUUCUACAGCUUCUAUGGGCUCAGCAGUCGUAAAUGACAGCUGGAAGGAGGAUUUCCAAGUUAUUCCUUUCACUGAGUACGGCAACACAAAUCUCGUCGCUCAGGUUUCCUUACCAACCCCUCUCAUCUUCAAACCAACCGCUACUCCUCUUAAGCAUCCAAAGGAAGACCGUAAUGUUAGAAUCCUCACAGUAGACGUUGGUAUCAAAUAUAACCAAAUCCGUUGCUUCAACAACCGUGGCGUUGAAGUCAAACUCGUUCCAUGGGACUACGAUUUCUUGAACGAAAGCGAACCAUAUGAUGGAUUGUUCGUCUCCAAUGGUCCAGGCGAUCCAGCUACUGUCACUCCAGUUAUCGAAAAGCUUAGAACGGCCGUCGACCAAACUAAGACACCUAUCUUCGGUAUUUGUUUAGGUCACCAACUUCUUUCCUUGGCUGUCGGCGCAAAGACCAAGAAAAUGAAGUACGGUAACCGUGGUGCUAACAUCCCUUGCACGGAUAUGCAAUCAGGAAGAUGUUACAUCACAUCACAAAAUCACGGAUAUGCUGUCGACGCAGACACACUCCCAGAAGGUGUUAAGGAACUUUUCGUUAACGCAAACGAUGGAUCUAACGAAGGUACCUACCUUGAAGACAAGCCUGUUUUCUCUGUUCAAUUCCACCCUGAAUCUACCCCUGGUCCACGCGACACUGAGUUCUUGUUCGACGUUUUCAUCAACUCUGUUGUAGACUUCGCUAAGACUGGUGUCAAGAAACAAAUUGUUUUGCCAGGUGGUACCCUUGCUGACAACGCUGCUAAGUACCCUCGCGUUGAUGUAAAGAAGGUUCUUGUCCUUGGUUCUGGUGGUUUGUCUAUUGGUCAAGCUGGUGAAUUCGAUUACUCAGGUAGUCAAGCAAUCAAGGCCCUUAAGCAAGAAGGUAUCUACACCGUCCUUGUCAAUCCAAACAUUGCUACCAUUCAAACAUCUGGUCUCGCUGAUAAGGUUUACUUCCUUCCAGUCAACCCAGAUAGCGUUCGUAAGAUCAUCAAACACGAGAGACCAGAUGGUAUCUACGUUACCUUCGGUGGUCAAACUGCUCUUAACGUAGGUUGUAAACUCAAGGAUGAAUUUGAGGCCCUCGGUGUUAAGGUCUUAGGUACCCCAGUUAACACUAUUGAAAUGACCGAAGAUCGUGAACUCUUCGCCAGAGCUAUGGAAGAAAUUGGUGAACACUGUGCUCCAUCUGCCUCAGCAAACUCCCUUGAUGAAGCUCUCCAAGCUGCCAAGAACAUUGGUUACCCAGUCAUCGCUAGAGCUGCUUACACUCUUGGUGGUUUAGGAUCCGGUUUCGCGGAUGACGAGAAGAGUCUUACUCAACUCUGUAACAAGGCUUUCGCUACUAGUCCACAAGUCUUGAUUGAAAAGAGUAUGAAGGGCUGGAAGGAAAUUGAAUACGAAGUUGUUAGAGAUUGUCGUGACAACUGUAUCACAGUCUGUAACAUGGAGAACUUUGAUCCACUCGGUAUUCACACUGGUGACUCUAUCGUCGUUGCUCCUUCACAAACCCUUUCAGAUGCUGAUUACAACAUGCUUCGUUCAACUGCAGUUAAGGUUAUCAGACAUUUGGGUGUUGUUGGUGAAUGUAACAUUCAAUACGCUCUUAACCCACACUCAAAAGAAUACUGUAUUAUUGAGGUCAACGCUCGUCUCUCACGUUCAUCCGCUCUCGCUUCAAAGGCAACUGGUUACCCUCUCGCUUACACUGCCGCAAAGCUUGGUUUGAACAUUCCAUUGAACGAAAUUCGUAACUCUGUCACUCGCUCAACCACAGCUUGCUUCGAACCAUCACUCGAUUACUGUGUUGUUAAGAUUCCAAGAUGGGAUCUUAAGAAGUUCAACAGGGUCAACACCGCACUUAACUCAUCCAUGAAGAGUGUUGGUGAGGUUAUGGCAAUUGGUAGAUCAUUUGAGGAAACUAUUCAAAAGGCCAUCAGAUGUAUUGAUGACCGUUUCUACGGUUUCGGUACUAACCCAUUCGUCAUGGAAAAGGCUGAAAUAGAUGAAGAAUUGGUCAACCCAACUGAUAGACGUGUCUUUGCUAUUGCAAAUGCUUUCGUCAAGGGUUACACUGUCGAUCAAAUCCACAAGAUGUCCAACAUUGACAGAUGGUUCUUGAACCGUCUUAAGAACUUGAUUGAACAAGAGAAGAUUUUGAGUGAAUUCAACACCACAAAUGUCACUCCACAACUUCUCCGUCAAUCCAAGCAAAUGGGAUUCUCAGAUCGUCAACUUGCCAAAUUCUUGGGAUCAAACGAGCUUGCUGUUCGCCGUCUUCGUCAAGAAUCAGGUAUUGUUCCUCACGUCAAGCAAAUUGAUACUGUCGCCGCUGAGUUCCCAGCUUUCACCAACUAUCUCUACACCACAUACAAUGCUGGAGCUAGCGACAUUGACUUCGAGGACAAGGGUGUCAUUGUCUUAGGUUCAGGUGUUUACAGAAUUGGUUCAUCUGUCGAAUUCGAUUGGUGUGCUGUUUCUACCAUCCGUACUCUUAGAUCUAGAGGCGUUAAGACAGUUAUGAUUAACUACAACCCAGAAACCGUUUCAACUGAUUACGAUGAAGCUGAUAGACUUUACUUCGAAAACAUCUCCCUUGAAACCGUUUUGGAUAUCUAUGACGCUGAACGUUCAACUGGUGUUAUCUUGUCUAUGGGUGGUCAAACUCCAAACAACAUUGCUUUACCACUUUACCGUCAAAAUGUUCACAUUUAUGGUACAUCACCAGAAAUGAUUGACACUGCCGAGAACCGUUACAAGUUCUCACGUAUGCUUGACAAGAUUGGUGUCGAUCAACCACAAUGGAAAGAAUUGUCUAGCUUCGAUGAAGCUUACAAGUUCUGUCAAAACGUUGGUUUCCCAGUCUUGGUUAGACCAUCUUACGUCUUAUCUGGUGCUGCUAUGAACGUUGUCAGCUCACCAGAUGACUUGGAGAACUACCUUACUCAAGCAACUGCAGUUUCACAAGAUUACCCAGUUGUUAUCUCCAAGUUCAUUGAAGACGCAAAGGAGAUUGAAAUGGAUGCUAUUGCCAAGGAUGGUAAGAUGAUUAUGCACUACAUCUCUGAACACAUUGAAAAUGCUGGUGUUCACUCUGGUGACGCUACACUUGUUUUACCACCACAAGAUUUGGCUCCAGAGACUGUCAGACGUAUUGUUGAAGCUACUGCCAAGAUUGGUGAAGCAUUGAACGUUACUGGUCCAUACAACAUCCAAUUCAUCGCCAAGAACAAUGAGAUCAAGGUCAUUGAAUGUAACUUACGUGCUGCUCGUUCCUUCCCAUUCGUCAGCAAGGUUACUAACGUUGAUGCUAUCGCUUUGGCUACCAACGCUAUGCUUGGUUUCACUUUCACACCAUAUCCAGAGAUCAGCCUCCCAGAGAAAUACGUUGGUGUUAAGGUACCACAAUUCUCUUUCUCUAGAUUAUCUGGUGCUGAUCCAGUCCUUGGUGUUGAAAUGGCUUCAACUGGUGAAGUUGCUUGUUUCGGUAGAGACAAGUACGAAGCUUACAUUAAGGCUUUGAUGGCAACUGGUAUGCACAUGCCAAAGAAGAACAUCCUCUUCUCUAUUGGUUCAUACAAGGAAAAGAUGGAAAUGUUACCAGCUGUUCAAAACCUUCACCGUCAAGGGUACAAUCUCUUCGCAACCUCUGGUACUGCUGACUUCAUUCAAGAACACGGUAUUCCAGUCAAGUACCUUGAAGCCAUCACUGAGACUGACUCACAAAAGUCAGAGUACUCACUUACUCAACACUUGGCUAACAACUUGAUUGACUUAUACAUCAACUUGCCAUCAAAGAAUCGUUACCGUCGUCCAGCAAGUUACAUGAGUAAGGGUUACCAAUCACGUAGAAUGGCUGUUGAUUACGCUGUUCCACUUGUUACAAACGUCAAGUGUGCUAAGUUACUUAUUGAAGCCAUUGUUCGUAAGCCAUCCCUUGAAGUUGACAGCGUCGAUUACAAGACUUCUCACCGUACUUUCACCUUGCCUGGUUUGAUCAACGUCCAAGCAUACACUGACAAGGUUGCUGAAGCCAACUCUGGUUCAUUUGAGAAGGCAACAUUAGCAGCACUUGAAGGUGGUUUCACUGUCGCACAAGUUAUUCCAAUGGGUGUUGAAAACGGCAAAUCACUUCAAGCUAUGCACACUAAUGCUGUCAAGUCACGUUGUGAUUACGUUCUUAGUGUUAGUGCAACUCCAGACAAUGUUGAUGGUUUGGAUGCCUUCGAAGAAGAUGUUCAAUCACUUUACAUUCCAUUCAACAAGCUCUCUGGAAAUGUUAACAAGGUUGCCACUAUUGCUUCACACUUCGGUUCAUGGCCAUCUGGUAAACCAAUCGUAACUGAUGCUCGCUCAACUGAUCUUGCAAGCAUCUUACUCUUAGCUUCCCUUCACGGACGUUCAAUUCACGUUACUAACGUCAGCAACCGUGAUGACAUCAGCUUGAUUGCUUUGUCAAAGGGUAGAGAUUUGAAGGUUACAUGUGAUGUUGCAGUCUACUCAUUGUUCUUCUCAAGAGAAGACUACCCAGAAGCCACUGUUCUUCCAACUAAGAAAGAUCAAAAAGCCUUGUGGGACAACUUGGACAAGAUUGACAUGUUCAGUGUUGGUACAGUUCCACACGAAUUAGCAGUCGCUGUUGGUCAAGGAGCAAACGCAUCCGCCGGUAUGGCUGAGAGUGUUUCAUUGUUGUUAAGCGCAGUUGCUGAACAAAAGCUCACCUUGGAAGAUGUCAUCUCACGUUUCCACGAUGCACCAAAGGCUAUCUUCGAUUUGCCUGAUCAACCAAACACCUACGUUGAAGUUGAAAUGGACAGAGCUUCUUCAUUCAGCGCAAGUGAAGGUCUUUGGUCACCACUUAAUGGCAAACCAGUUAAGGGUCAAGUUGACAGAGUCGUAUUCUACGGUAAGACCGUUAGAUUAGCAGGUGUUAACGUUUCCAAAUCAACUGGUAGAGAUUUAACAGUCGCUGGUCCAAUUAGAAAGCAAAGAAAUGCUAGAACAUCAUUCUCGCAACAAACUAGACCUGCAACACAAUCAAUCACUGGUAUUCCAUCCCCAACUAAGAACAAGGAUGGUCUUUCCAGCCCAGUUGAUGGUACUCAACCAAGAAGCUUCAUGAGUGCAUUGGAUCCACUUUCAACUGGAAAGGGCGACUUAACAGCUCUUAAGUCACACCCAGCAUUCAAGAGACGUCACAUCUUAUCCGUCAAGCAAUUCACAAGAGAUGAUCUUCACGUUCUCUUCACAUUAGCUUCAGAAUUGAGAACUCACGUUGAGAAAUACGGUAGCGCUGAUAUUCUCAAGGGUAGAGUCCUUUGUAGCUUGUUCUUCGAACCAUCAACAAGAACAUCUGCAUCAUUCGACGCUGCUAUGAAGAGAUGUGGUGGUACAGUUGUUACCAUACCAGUUGACAGAUCAUCAGUUGCCAAGGGUGAAUCAUUAGCUGAUACAAUCAGAACACUCGGUUGUUACGCUGAUGGUGUCGUUAUGAGACAUCCAGUUCCAGGAUCAGUACAAACCGCUUCCAAGUUCUCACCUGUACCAAUCAUUAACGCUGGUGAUGGUACUGGUGAACACCCAACUCAAGCAUUCUUGGAUAUCUACACUAUCCGUGAAGAACUUGGUACCGUCAAUGGACUUACUAUCACCAUGGUUGGUGAUCUCAAGAAUGGUAGAACUGUUCACUCACUCGUCAAACUCCUCAACCUUUACAACGUUCAUCUCAACUUUGUUUCACCACCAUCACUUAAUAUGCCAGAUAGCAUUAAGGCAGAGUGCAGAAAAUCUGGUGUUACAUUCCACGAAACCGCCAGAUUAGAUGAUGUUAUUGGAAAAUCUGACGUUAUUUACAUGACAAGAGUUCAACAAGAAAGAUUUAACUCAGUUCAUGAAUUUGAGGCUGUCAAGGAUGCUUACAUCUUAGACAACGCCACAAUGGAUAAAGCUAAGCCAUCAACUAUCGUCUUGCACCCAUUACCAAGAUUGCAAGAAAUUGAUCCAAAUCUCGACUUUGACAACCGCGCCGCAUACUUCCGUCAAAUGAGAUAUGGAUUAUUCGCUAGAAUGGCUCUCCUUUCACUCAUCUUAGAAUAAGCUAGUAUGCAUCAAAAAGAUAACUUUGUUUUAUUUCUCAAUUUAUAAAUUUCCUUUUCAAUUUUAUUCUUAAAAGAGGAUCAGUAAAAAUGUUUUGUAUAUGUAUAUCGAAUAUCAUAAAUUUAUUUGUCGUUAUUAUCUAUGUUUUGGUUGUAAUAUCUUAAUGUAAGACCAACCCUUAUUCCUCUUUUUAGAAGACCAACUUUGUCUACUCUAUCGACUGUUCGUGGGACAAUACCGUGUGUCCAGUUAUACCUCGCUUCGUCGGUCAUACAUAGAAUGCUACCCGGUUUGAGAAAGAUUUCAAAAGACUCGCCCGUUGAGCUUUCAAAUUUCAUACCUAUGGACGUACCUAAGCUAACUAUUAUGACGCCUUCACCAAAUUUUGCUAGAUCUGUAUGUGAUGCAAGAUAAUAACUACGAGGUGAGCUGUCGUAGCCGUAUACAUUAACGAUUGAUUGUCUUGGAAGAUUCUGAUGGAAAAGUUUUUUAUGUUCAGUCUGAUUUAUUACACCCUUGAGUUGAUUUUCAAGGUAAAGGUCUAAUUUGGAUAUAUAACGCGGUUGUUUACCGAAUGCAACAUGUUGUGUGAUAUCUGGUGGAUGGAAUGACAAGUUAGA